AUGUCAGGUCUCCAUGAGGUCCAAACAGGCUCCGGCAAGCUAGCCAACAAGGUGGCCAUUGUCACGGGUGCCGCCUCAGGCUUUGGUCUAGCUUGUGUCCGGAAAUUUAUCGAUGAAGGCGCCAAAGUCGUCGCCGCGGACAUGAACGAGGCAGGUCUCCAGAAAGCCUUCGCCAGUGCCGCUGGCAGCCAUGUUGCCACUGUCACCGCCAACGUCACAUCGUCGGGUGAUUGGAGCAAAAUGGUCGACAUCGCCGUCUCCAAAUUCGGUGGAUUGGACAUUGUGAUAAACAACGCCGGGACCUCGUACAAGAAUAAGCCUACACUCGAAGUUACGGAGGAAGAGUACGACAGGGUCAUGGCUGUGAAUGUCAAGAGCAUUUUUUUGAGCGUAGCAGCAGCGGUCCCUGCGCUGAAGAAUCGGGGAGGGGGUUCUAUCAUCAAUAUUGCAAGUAUUGGGGCCAUGAGACCCAGGCCGGGGUUGGUGUGGUAUAAUGCGAGCAAGGGUGCUGUUGCAAAUGCCACAAAGGGUCUCGCCGCCGAAUUCGGCAAGGACCAGAUCCGCGUCAACGCUCUGUGCCCUCUCCUCUCCGGCACCGGCCUCUUCGAGUCCUUCGUGGGAGUCCCGUACAACGAGGACAACAUGAAGAAGUUCCUGUUCAAUGUUCCUCUGGGGAGAUUGACGGACCCCUCGGACGUGGCGAACGUGGCGGCUUUCCUGUCCAGCGACGAGGGCAGGUUCAUCACAGGAGUGAAUUUGGAGGUUGACGGCGGCAGGGCGGUGGGCUCGUGA